ACGAACAUUAUGAUACCGACAAGGCGGCCAACUAUGAAACGGCGUCGCUUUGGAGCAAAAUGUCUUAGUUUUUGUCCCGUUUACCUUUUAUAUAUAAACAAUUUCCUUCUCGUUAUCUCUUCUCUCAUCUGAAAGUCGUCUCCAUCGGUUUUCGUUUACCAGAAACAAAAAUUCAGCUGUAGCUGAUUACUUAAAUAUCUUUCUGUAACAAUCUUCGAGUAAACGACUCCUUGUUUAGCACUUUAUUCGUUCUUUUGCGCCAAAAAAAGGGCGCUGUUUUGAAGCGGUCUCAUCUAAUCCAAUGUGGAGGUAAGUUUGUGUAAAGUGAAGAAUGGAAAAGUUAGAAAUAAUGGAUCGGCCAGCGGUGACGGUGGGGCCGGCGAUGGACAUGCCGAUCAUGCAUGACAGUGACCGGUACGAUUUGGUGAAAAAUAUCGGCUCUGGAAACUUCGGCGUGGCUCGGCUAAUGAGAGACAAGCUCACCAAAGAGCUUGUAGCUGUUAAGUACAUCGAGAGAGGAGAUAAGAUAGAUGAAAAUGUUCAAAGAGAGAUAAUUAAUCACAGGUCACUGAGGCACCCUAAUAUUGUGAGGUUUAAAGAGGUUAUUUUAACACCUACUCAUCUAGCCAUUGUAAUGGAAUAUGCAUCUGGUGGAGAGCUUUUCGAGCGAAUAUGCAAUGCUGGUCGUUUCAGUGAGGAUGAGGCUCGCUUCUUCUUUCAGCAGCUGAUAUCUGGAGUCAGCUAUUGCCAUGCAAUGCAAGUAUGCCACCGGGACUUGAAGUUGGAGAAUGCUUUGUUAGACGGAAGCCCGGCUCCACGGUUAAAGAUAUGUGAUUUUGGGUACUCUAAGUCCUCAGUGCUUCAUUCACAACCUAAAUCAACCGUGGGAACUCCUGCAUAUAUUGCUCCAGAAGUGUUGCUGAAGCAAGAGUAUGAUGGCAAGAUUGCAGACGUAUGGUCAUGUGGUGUAACAUUAUAUGUGAUGUUGGUGGGAGCAUAUCCUUUUGAGGAUCCUGAGGAGCCAAAGGAUUUCAGGAAAACAAUACAAAGGAUUCUCAGUGUCCAGUAUGCCAUUCCAGAUGUUGUUCAAAUAUCUCAGGAGUGCCGUGAUCUGAUUUCUAGAAUUUUUGUUGCUGAUCCUGCCACUAGGAUCACGAUUCCUGAAAUUAGGAACCAUCCAUGGUUUUUGAAGAAUCUGCCUGCAGACCUGGUGGACGAAAAGACGAUGGGUAGUCAUUACGAAGAACCCGAUCAACCAAUGCAGAGCAUCGAUGUGAUCAUGCAGAUCAUUGCUGAGGCCUCCAUACCAGCCGUUGGGAAUGGGCUGAACCAAUAUAUGACAGACAACUUUGACAUGGAUGAUGACAUGGAGGAUUUAGAUUCUGAAUCGGACCUCGAUAUCGACAGUAGCGGAGAGAUAGUAUAUGCACUGUAAUAGCAGGUGUGUGAAAUUCUUUUUGGCAGCUGCUGCCACAACUUAGUAAUUUUGUGUCUAAUGGAAAUGUGAAUAUCUAGUUAAGGGAAAGUUUGUUAGGUAGUAGAUUACCGAAGCAAUGCCACAGGUAACUAUUGGUCUCAGUUACCCCUUAAGAUCCUUGGAGUCUACAGUCUGCAUUGUUAGACAAAACAAGAAGCUUUAAGCUUUAAAUACCUUUAUACGUGGAGAAAUUUGACCUUUGAUGCCUCAUGGUGUGGUAACUGGUACAAGUAUUUCAAUCAAGGGACAGAUUUACCUUUGUUGAAUACUCAAUUUAUUCUUUUGUAGCGUUUUUGUAAUUUGUGGUACUGUUUUGUGCGCGUGCACACACAUGCAUGCAUGUAUGUAUAUAUGUAUACAUGUGCUGAUAUGUAUCAGUAACUGUGGUAUGUACUGUUGGAUUCAAACUAAGAUGAACUCGAAUAGGUAGGCUCGCUUUGCUUAAUCGAGAGACGGUUCAAGCUCAACUCGAGUUCAAUGAGCUGUUGGUUUGCAUAGUUCAAUCUUGAUUUGAUGUGCGUUUGAAUUUUGUUCAGUUGUAUAAACGUAAACGGGUCAUGCACAGUUUGAACCAAACUUGUUUGGAAUCAAAACUUAAUAUCUUGUCAUUA